AUGGCAAAUUUCGAGCAGUUUCACUGUGACUUUUACCAGUCCAAUUACACCAUAGAUGACCAAGAAGACUACAACACUUGUGACUCAAGUGAAAAACUGAGUGGAAACAGAAAGAGCCAGAUAGGAGACAGACCUCUGGCUGGUGCUUUUGUCCCCCCAGAAAUGCUGUUGCCAUCUCAGUGUUACACAGGUCAGAUUUUACAGCCAACAGUUCCAUACAGUUCCAGCAAUCUCUCUCACCUUAGCUACGCUGAUGGUUUUGAUGAGGAACCUCCUUUACUAGAAGAACUUGGGAUCAAUUUUGAGCACAUAUGGCAAAAAACUUUAACAGUUCUAAAUCCAAUGAAACCUGCAGAUGGCAGCAUCAUGAACGAGACGGACCUCACUGGACCCGUGGUUUUCUGUUUGGCCCUUGGAGCAACGUUGCUGCUGGCAGGAAAAGUUCACUUUGGCUAUGUGUAUGGCGUGAGUGCCAUUGGGUGCCUCACUAUGCAUGCCCUGCUGAACCUGAUGAGCGUCCCAGGAGUCUCGCAUGGCUGUGUUGCAAGUGUUUUGGGCUACUGCCUGCUGCCCAUGGUGAUCCUGUCCUCUUCUGCAGCUGUCUUCUCGUUACAUGGGAUCCUGGGAACUUUGUUAGCUCUGUUUAUUAUUGGAUGGUGCAGUUUGUCAGCCUCCAAAAUUUUUACCUCUGCCUUGGCCAUGGAAGGACAGCAGCUUCUUAUUGCAUACCCGUGUGCUUUGCUGUAUGGAGUCUUUGCACUUCUGGCGGUUUUCUGA